UAUGACAAUUACAUAAUUAACACAUUUUCUUAUAAAAUGUACUUUAUUCUUUUCUGUACUCGGUUAUUGAAAUAAAAUAUUUUCUAUUAAUUUCUUACAUUCAAUGAAAAACAAAAAUAAUAAAAACGACAAAAAAAACAACAUCAAAAAUUACAUUAGAGAAUAGGAAACAAAACAAGUUGGCAGUAUAGCUACAACCUCGUACCUGUAAUUAUGGCUCCGAAGAUGCACUCUAUGAAAAGUUAAAUAUACAUAAUACACGUAUUUACAAAUCGAUUUGAGUUGUUUAAAUCGUAUAAACUAUUCAUAAAAAUUAUUUUAAUGAAAAUAAAUUCUCAUUCUCUGACCUUAAAUAUCAUAAUUAUGAAGAUAGUAUACACUUUAAUGAUAGUUUUGGUUAUUGAACACAUUUUCGGAGUGACUUACGACAAAUUGAAUUUGUUGGUCAAAAGUUCAAUAUGGAAUUACGCUGGAAAAGAACUUAUUAGGAAUAAAUAUACAAGUUUAGUUCCAUUAAAAUCUUUAUAUCUUUACUCAAUUACACAAAACAAUAAUGAAAAAAUAGUAGAUAAUGUUUAUAAUGUAGCAAUGUACGUCAUUAAAAAUCGUACAUAUAAGUAUAUUUUCAUGUUAUGCAUAUAUGGCUAUAAAGCAAUAGAAUUUGAUAAAAAUACGGAGAAACAUUUACGCACAAUUGUAAAUGCUUUCACUCAAAUGAAAAAUUGUUUGCGAGAAAUACAAAAUAGUUCAUCUCUAGAACUAAAUAAUUAUAUAUUUGAUUUAGCAAAUCUUCAUUCAAUUGAUGACGUAAUGUCAAAACUUCGAUCAAUACAACAUGAAAUCGCUAAUAAAUUUGAAAAUACGGUUGCAGAAUCUAAUAAAUUUAAAUAUUUUAACAGACAAUCAUCAAAAACGUAUGAAAAUAAUCAAAAAAUAAUGCUCAAUAUAAUAAUAGGAUUCCCUGAAUUUCACGAAAAAAUAAUAAAUGUUCGUGAUAUAAUUGAAAACAAAACUGAUAAUACUGUAAUAACUAAACUAGAGGAUAUAAGUCAACUUAUAAACAUCGAAUAUAUACCCGUACAGAAAUAAUUGUAAUUAGCCAUUUUAUAAGUAAUAAAUAUUAAAUUUACUGAUUAUGCUAUUAAAACACAGGUUGGUUAACUAUACCUCAUACAAUGUCUUCAAAAAUAUAAAAUGAUAUAUCAUUCUUUUUCCUUUUCAAAAUCUUCAUACUAAUAGUUAAAAAAAUAAUAAUUUUCUUUUUAACAGAUAUCUAUUAAAGUUUUUUAAAUAGAAGAUUAUAUAUUUAUCCAUUACACGACAUAGAAAAUCAUCUUAAUUUAAAAAGUAAUUAAUUGAUAACAACUUGUGAACCAGUAUUUUAAAAAAUACUAACCUAUGUUGCAGGCCUGAUUAUUUUUAUUAUUAGGUAUUUACACUACUCCUCUACCUAGACAUAAAAAUUUUAAUAUCUUCUAAAAUAAUGUUUCAAAAGUUGUUAACAAUCAGUCAUUUUCUUAAAUCAUAUUCCAAUUUUAUAACUAGUUGAAUUUGUAUGUUUCCAUUAAAAAAAUUCAAGUUGAUACUGAUUUCAGGGAUAAGAAGGGUUAAUAGAACAAGAUUUUUUUUUAAUUUAAAACAGAUCUAGACAUUUCAGAUGUUGCAUGAGGCAUAGUUAAUUAAUUGUCUUUUAUAUAUUCAAACUUAGUUUCAUAUUGUAAAGUAAUAUUUAUAACAGUACUUUAACUGUGAUAAAUUAAGAUUUCUUGAACUUAUCACUUAAAAUAUACCAUUUUUUAAAUCCAUAUCUAUAUUUUUACCUACAAUUAAAAUUAAUAUAUUUUUGUAAUAUUUAUUUAAAGUUUAUGGGUGUCAACUUUUCCUCCCUUUUCAUAUUUAUGUUAUUUAAAUAGAUAU